AUGUCAGUGGUGCACCAGCUGUCACCAGGAUGGUUACUGGAUCAUCUUUCUUUCAUUAACAAGAUCAACUAUCAAGUUCACCAGCAUCAUGAGUCUUGUUGCAGUAAAAAUGAGCCCACUACUUCUGUUCACCUUGAUUCUGUGUCCUCCUUUGGAUCCUCAACUAAAUUUAUUGCUUCUGACUCUAUCACUAAGCCCAAGAAUGAUGAUGGAGGAAAUUGUGAAAUGUUCAUACAAAAAUAUAUUUUUAGAUCUGAACUGUUUGAUAUCACUAAACCUUAUAUAACUUCAGCUAUUCACAAGGAAUGCCAACAAAAUAAUGAAAAGGAAGAUUUAAUGAAUGGUGUUAAAAAAGAAAUCUCCAUUUCUACUCAUGGGAAGAAGCGUAAAAGGAGUGUUGGUUUCAAUCAAGGUGAACUGGAUGCUAUGGAAUACCAUGAAAAGAUCAGGGGGCUGAUUUUGGAUGGAUCUUCACAGAUAAUCCAAGAAGGUUUAAAGAGUGGCUUUCUUCAUCCACUUUCUGAAAAACAGGACAAGUGUAAUGAACCCAUUACUUUAUCAUUUGAUACCUGCAAUUUAUCAGAAUUAUGUGAAAUGGCAAAGCAUUUGCCUUCUCUGAAUGAAAUGGAACUUCUAACAUUACAAUUGAUGGAAAACGAUAUGUCUGUUACAGAGCAGGAUUUAUUUUCACGGAUUGUUGAAAACAACUCUAGAUUUACAAAAAUGAUUACUUUAAUGGGACAGAAAUACCUGGUGCCACCAAAAAGCAGUUUUCUUUUGUCUGACAUUUCUUGUAUGCAACCGCUUCUGAAUUGUAGGAAAACAUAUGAUGUGAUUGUGAUAGAUCCACCAUGGCAGAACAAGUCAGUUAAAAGAAGUAACAGGUAUAGUUAUUUGUCACCACUGCAAAUAAAACAAAUACCUAUCCCUAAACUGGCUGCUCCAAACUGUCUUGUUAUUACUUGGGUGACUAAUAGACAGAAGCACUUACGUUUUGUAAAGGAAGAACUUUAUCCUUCGUGGUCUGUGGAGAUAGUUGCUGAAUGGCACUGGUUAAAAAUUACCAAUUCAGGAGAGUUUGUGUUCCCAUUAGAUUCUACUCACAAAAAGCCUUAUGAAGGUCUUAUACUGGGGAGAGUUCAAGAAAAAACUACUUUACCAUUAAGGAAUAUGCUCCCCAUUCCAGAUCACAAGUUAAUUGUCAGUGUACCCUGUGCCCUUCACUCUCAUAAGCCACCUCUUGCUGAGGUUUUAAAAGACUAUAUCAAGCCAGAUGGGGACUAUUUGGAAUUGUUUGCUCGAAAUUUACAGCCCGGUUGGACUAGUUGGGGCAAUGAAGUCCUCAAAUUUCAACACUUGGAUUAUUUUAUUGCUCUAGAGUCUAGAAGCAGACUCUGA